CGUCACCUACAGUAUAUCCUUGUGGGGCGCAGCGUUAAGAUACAGUGGUGGAUCUUGGCAAGGUUCUACAGUCAUAACAUCUUAAGACCACAGGAACAGCAGAUGGCGAGAGUUACGGUGUUGGUGAUGGUGAUGGUGGUGGUGAUGGUGUGGGAGACGAGGGGGCAGGUGAAUGAGGUGAACUCGGUAGGGGUGAGGGGGUCUUUUAUCACCCCUACCGCACGAUGGCUCCUCGGUAUCUUCCAGAAAUAUGACGGUCGAUCCAAUGAAUCUACACCAGACUUGAUAAGAUCGAGCGGCUACCCUGCUGAGACUCACCAUGUGACCACUGAGGACGGCUACAUCCUGGAGCUGCACAGGAUCCCGUGUGGUGUGCAGUGUGUCCUGACGGAGGAGCACCGCCCUCGACCCGUGGCUCUCCUGCACCACUGUCUCCUCUGUUCCUCCUCUGACUUCGUGAUGAACACUCCUGAUAAAGCUCUUGCCUAUAUGAUGGCAGACGCUGGGUACGACGUCUGGCUCACCAACGCCCGCGGCAACACCUACUCCAGGAACCACGUCCAUCUCUCGCCUGAGGACAAGGAAUUCUGGCAAUUCAGCUGGAAUGAGAUGGCGAUGUAUGACGUACCGGCAGUUAUAGACUAUGUGCUGAACGUGACGCGACAGGAGGACCUCUACUACGUGGGCUUCAGUAUGGGCACCACUGUCUUCUGGGCCAUGAUGAGUGAGCGGCCAGAGUACGCUAACAAGAUACGUUUCAUGGUAGCGUUGGGUCCUGUAGCGCACGUCCAGCACAUAGCAGGCCCUCUGGGAUACCUGGCACCGUUCGUCUCACAGAUAGAGAUAACAAUGAACCUGCUGGGGAAGUACGAGUUGCUCUCCUUCGGGCCAGUCAUAGACCGCCUCAUCAGCACCUUCUGUAAUGAGCAACUCUUCACGUCUGCCAUCUGCCAGAACAUCCUCUUCCUCAUCUGUGGACCAAACCCUAAAGAGAUGAAUAAGGAGUUCUUGCCCAUCAUGUUGUCUCACACGCCAGCAGGGACCUCAGUACGGACCGUCACUCAUUACCUUCAGGAGGCCCGCUCAGGGAAAUUUCAGAAGUAUGAUUUCGGCACGUUGGGGAACCUUCGUCAGUACGGCUCACUGUCACCUCCGUCAUAUAACCUGAGCCGAGUUACUGUCCCUGUGGCUCUCUUCUGGUCUGACAAUGACUGGCUGGCAGAUCCUACAGAUGUGUUGCACCUGGUGGGUCAGCUGCCUCACGUCGUCUACAGCCAUCGCGUUGAGGACUCCAAGUUUACCCACCUUGAUUUUGUUUGGGCUCUACACGCUGACAAGUUGGUCUACCAUGAUCUCCUGCGUGUUCUGGCACAGUAUUAGUCCUCCUCUGUCUCCUCACAAUAAACAAGAUACUUACCUCCGUGCUCAAGACCAGAGGAUAUAUUUACAAGCAAGGUCUCUAUCUCUCUCCCCCUAGUGAUGAUGUAGUGUUGAUUAAUGAUUUAUUAUACUGUAGUUUAUCUAAUACAGUGGUUGAGGGAUUUUUUUUAGAUCACGUUGAGGUAUUGUGUUGAUUCAUGUAUUUUGUAGAGGUAGGUAGGAGGUGUAAUGUACCUGUACUUUUGUUAUGUAGUAAGGAAGGGUAAUUUCAUUUAUUCCUUUAUUAGAUUUAUAUUAGUCACAGAAUAUUAAACUAUUUUGUAUUUUAUAUACGUAUAUAUUUGUGGUGAUUAUUUAAUAAACAA